GUUUAUGUUUAUCAAAAGUUCUCCCAGCACAUCAUUGCCAGCUGCAAAAAAUCGAUAGCGAAAGAGAGUCACCCCCGCAGAAGAAAUGCUCUCUUUUUGUGCAUUGUGACUCUUGGCUUCAGCAGUGCGGGAGUUUUUUUGAAGCGGAAUUUCAAUUCUUUGGAGGGAAUCAAUUCACCUCAAUCGAAAAUAUUUGCCUACUUAAAGUGAAUUAAAUUUUGUUUGCAAUAUGCUUUCGCAGUUGCUACAGGCUUUCCAGCGGCUGGUAAGUCAAUUAAAAAGUCAAUUUGUGUGGGUUCGCUGCUGGUUGCCAAUACCACGGCAUUUCUACGGCUUCCGCCGGGAAACUGAGUCACGGGCACGGCUGCGUCUGCGGCUGCGGGAACGACUGCGGCGGAAUCCCGCCGAACGGGCCAGUCACCAGCGGAACCGGCGGACCCAGCGCCGCCAUCUGGUCAUGGACUACAUCUUCGAGUGCUUCUUCGACGACACCUUCGAGCAGAUCUCGCGCAACGGCCUGCAGGACCGCCAGUCGCGGCGAGAUGUCCUCGACCACCUGAGCUCCAUCAUCAAGGGCUGCAGCGGCGGCCAGAACUCGCAGACGGACGAGGUGGCCGCCAUCGCGGUGACGGCGGCCAUGAGGUACCACCGAAUGGCCAAGGAGCAGAACGGCCAGGUCUGCCUCAUGGGCAAGUAUCACAACAUCCUGUACAUCGGACUGCGCACCUGCUGGGAUUGGGGAGUCCGGGACUCGGAGGUGGUCGUCAAGCUGCUGGUGUCCAUUUACGAGUGCGAGAAGACAUAUGAGCGCAUUUUCCUGGGCGCCCUGUUUGGACCACAUGCUCCGCACUUCAUCGCCGGCUGGCGCAGUGACUUCCAGGAUCAGCACGAGAAUGUCCGGGCGAUGGUUUACUUUCUGAAGCACGCCACACGCGAGCAGCUCACAUUGCCCGUCUGGAUUCCGCGCUUCGAGCAGGAGCGACAGCUCAGAUUCAUUGAUGUCCCCAUUGAGUCCUGCGGCAAGUCCUCGCCCCUUCGCAUUGCCCUGCAGGCGAACGCUCCCGAACUGCUGCUCAUCCUGCUGAGAUACGGCGCCGCACCGAAGCCGCCGGACGGAGGCGCCUCCGUAAUUAUAGCGCUGCUCGACAAACUCAUCGAGGAUGGCCGCAAUUACAGCUUCGAACUGGUCAUGUGCCUCAAGAUUCUGCUGCGCAAUGUGGUGAUGAUUGAGAUGCCCUUCAAGCCCCUUUUAUACGCUGCCCGCAGGGAAAUGUUCUUCGAUCGCUACGGCCGCCUUUUGAUGGAUAAGAUUAUUGGCAAAGAGCAGGUCUACGGAGUGCCCAGUCUUCGUCAUUUAUGCCGCUGCUGUAUCCGCGACGUCCUGCGGAUGCACAAUCAACUGCCCAACGGCAUCGACACGUUGAGGCUGCCAAAGCGCCUGCAACGCUACAUCGAUCUCACCGAGGAGCUCGAAGGACCUGAGGCACAGGACACGGAGGACAAGGAUCAGCAGAGGGAAAAAUCCUCGGCCAAAUGCAAGCUGGGUAGCGAGGUGGCCCGGCUGGAUACAAUCAGCAGUGCAGGGGAGAGCGAGGACGAGAGCGAGAACCAAGCGCAGCUCCUGCAGGCUGUCACGGAUCCGGAAAAGGCCGCAUUGGCGGCUUUCAUGGCCACCGGCGAUGGAGCGUAUACGGAGGAGGCCUGUCCACCCGAUUUCGAUCCCGAUUUUCCGCCAAUUUCCCUGCCCGGGGAGCCCAGAUAGCAAAAAACAUCCAGUACAAGCACCAGCACUCACCGAUAGGUUUCUUCGCUGACGUUGAUGCGCCCCGGAACGCCAGUGGUCUCCGUCCGGCUGGUGAGAUUGACAGUGUUUCCGAAUAGACAGUAGCGCGGCACUCGGUUGCCGAUCACUCCAGUCACCACUUCGCCGGAAUGGAUGCCUAUGGUAAUUUGCUGGAAAAACAAGGACCAAACAAAGAAUUUAGAAUUGUAGAAUUUGUAAGGAGUUUAUCUAGAAAAUAAAUGUAUAAUCUGA